CACGUUUUGUUAGGGCUCGGCGAGGUAAGAUGGCGGCGCCAGAAGAACAGGAAUUAUCUCAGGCUCAAACUGAAAAACUCCUUCAGUUUCAGGACUUGACAGGCUUGGAGUCGAUGGACCAAUGUCGGCGUACGCUAGAACAACACAAUUGGAACAUUGAGGCUGCAGUACAAGACAGACUAAAUGAGCAGGAAGGAGUUCCGAGCGUCUUCAGCCCGCCACCCGCCAGACCGUUACAGGUCAACACAACAGACCACAGAGUGUAUAGCUAUAUUGUGUCAAGGCCACAGCCUAGAGGCUUAUUAGGUUGGAGUUACUACUUGAUAAUGCUUCCCUUCCGGAUUACUUAUUAUACACUCCUGGACGUAUUCAGGUUUGCCCUGAGAUUCAUUCGACCAGAUCCGAGAGGUCGUGUCACAGAUCCCGUUGGUGAUGUCAUGUCAUUUAUUCGUAAUUUUGAAGAGAAAUAUGGCCGAUCGCAUCCUGUAUUCUACCAGGGAACAUAUAGUCAGGCUUUGAAUGAUGCCAAACGAGAACUUCGCUAUUUGUUAGUUUAUCUACAUGGCGAUGAUCACCAGGACACUGAUGAAUUCUGUCGAAGUACAUUAUGUUCAGAAGAGGUACUGACCUUUAUUAACACACGCAUGCUGUUCUGGGCGUGUUCCACCAGCAAGCCAGAGGGUUACCGAGUCUCUCAGGCUCUGCGUGAGAACACGUAUCCCUUCCUGGCUAUGAUCAUGCUGAAGGACCGAAAGAUGACAGUUGUCGGCCGACUAGAGGGGCUGAUUCAGCCUGAGGAUCUUAUCAACCAGCUGACCUUCAUCAUUGAGGCGAACCAGACAUAUCUCAUGUCAGAAAGACUAGAGCGGGAGGAGAGGAACCAGACGCAGGUACUGAGGCAGCAGCAGGAUGAAGCUUACCAAGCAUCGCUCCUUGCAGACCAGGCAAAAGAGAAGAAGAAACGUGAAGAACAAGAGCAGAAGCGCCAAGAGGAGGAGAAGGCUCGCCAGAGCAUCCUCGCAGAAGAGAGGAGACGAAGAACACUUGAAGAAGAGAAGGAGCGCAAGUCUGAGUGUCUUCCCCCGGAGCCGCCAUUGGAUGACCAGGACAGUGUCAAAAUAGUGUUCAAAUUGCCCAACAACACUCGGGUGGAGCGGAGAUUCCUGUUCGAUCAGUCCCUGACGGUAAUAUACGACUUCGUGUUUUCAUUGAAAGAGACCCCAGAGAAAUUCCAAAUAGUAACAAAUUUCCCACGCCGGGUCUUGCCUUGUCUGCCGACGGAGGAGCAGCCAAAUCCCCCCACUCUGCUGGAUGCCGGUCUGAGUCGCACAGAAGUCCUGUUUGUGCAGGACCUCACAGACGAUUGACAUUUAGCUAACCCACUGCUCACAAGUGAAGUCCCACCUUCCCUCCAGUUCUUCUGUUCAAUUGCCUGGACAAGGAUCACUAAAAUAACUUUUACCGAAUUAAAAAAAAAAGAAAAAAAAAACCCAUCCUUCCCUGCAGUGAUGUUUUGUUCUGUACAUGAGUUCAAGGUGAACGGCCAUGUAAAUAUAUGACCUACAUAUUUAAAGUUAAGCCUGGAAGCCACAGCAGAGUUCUUUUUUUUUUAAUGCGAAUUAAAGUCGACCAUAUAAUGUAUCUCAUCCAACGACCAAAAGAAGGUGAUCGGCUGAAGGUUCCGACGGGCUACUUGAGGUUCAAAGUGAGUUCGAGAACUAAGGCCACAGCUAUUCGACGUGGCUUUGUCCAUAUAGAGUAUAGUGCUGCAAGUCUGCCCAUAGUGUGCCUGUGGUCAUUCAUAGAUGCCUAGGUUACCUGUCGUCCAUGUGAUGGGCCUGGUCAUGUAAAGAUGUAAUUUUCCAAUACUAAAUUAAACAUUUUAAAACGUU